AGUGUCGCAGCUGCUGAUCUAUUUCUGCAUUCAUCUGAAUUAUGAAGGCUGCUGAAUGAGAUCAAAGUUUCUGCUGGAGAUCAAACUCAGAAUCCAAACAGGAUCUCAAACCUAAAAUCUAUCAUGGGCGACAAACACACUUCUGGAGAUGAGGAUUUGAUUGCAGCAUGCAGUUCCGUUCAUCAGAAGAGAGAAGAGGCAGAGCCCAACUGUGUGUCUCUGAAGUGUUAUGAAUCUAUGGGUCACUCAAUAAAUUUUAAGAGUGAAAACGCACAACCUGCUGACAGCGUGAAUAGAGAUGAUCAGAUAGGAGAUUUGCAGCAGAAUUCACUCCUACCAGACAAUGAUCAACUUCAGAGAGUUAAAGAGCAGCAUAAAACCAGCAUGAAGAACAAGUAUGAGAGAUUAUUUGAGGGAAUCAACCAUCAAGAGACUCAAACCCUCCUAAACAGGAUCUACACACAGCUCUACAUCAUAGAAGGAGAGAGUGAAGGAGUGAAUGAAGAACAUGAGAUUUUACAGAUGGAGAAAACAGCUAGAACAAAACCCUCACAACACACUCCAGUCUACUGCAAUGACAUCUUUGAAGCCUCCGCUGGACCAGGACAUGAGGAGAAGAUUAAGAAGGGGAAAGCCCAGAUGAAGACUGUUCUCACUAAAGGCAUAGCUGGAAUCGGAAAAACCGUCUCUGUGCAGAAGUUCAUUCUGGACUGGGCCGAGGGAAAAGCCAAUCAGGAUGUAGAUUUCAUGUUUGUGCUUCCAUUUCGAGAGCUGAACUUGAUCCGAGAUCAUCAGUACAGUCUUCAGAGACUUCUGCUGGACUUUCAUCCUGAACUUAAAGAUCUGGAGCCCGAGAUUUAUGAGCAGUGUAGAGUUGUGUUCAUCUUUGAUGGUCUGGAUGAAAGCAGAAUCCCACUGAACUUUUCAGAUGAGGAGAAAGUUUGUGCUGUGACUGAAUCCUCAUCGGUGGCUGUGUUAAUGUUGAGCCUCAUGAAAGGAGAUCUGCUUCCCUCUGCUCUCAUCUGGAUCACCUCCAGACCAGCAGCAGCCCAUCAGAUCCCCUCCAGAUACAUCAACCGUCUGACAGAAAUUCAGGGAUUCACUGAGCCUCAGAAGGAGGAAUAUUUCAGGAAGAGAAUCAGUGACGAGCAUCAAGCCAGCAGAAUCAUCUCCCACAUCAGAAGAGCAAGAAGCCUCCAGAUCAUGUGCCACAUACCAGUCUUUUGCUGGAUCUCCUCCACUGUGCUUCAGAAGCUCCUGGAAGAAGAUCUAAGUUUAGAAAUCCCUCAAACUCUGACUGAGAUGUACAUCCACUUCCUGCUGAUUCAGAUCAACAUGAGGAAGCAGAAGUAUGAAGAGAGAGAUUCAGAGAAACUUCUGCAGUCCAGCAGAGGAGUGAUCCUCAAACUUGCUGAAGUGGCUUUCAGACAGCUGAUGAAGGGCAAUGUGAUGUUCUAUGAGGAGGACCUGAUUGAGAGCGGCAUAGACGUCACUGACGCCUCAGUGUAUUCUGGGAUCUGCACUGAGAUCUUCAAAGAGGAAUCUGUGAUUCAUCAGAGCAAAGUCUACAGCUUCAUCCAUCUCAGCUUUCAGGAGUUUCUGGCUGCUUUCUAUGAGUUUUACUGCCAUUUAAAAAAGCAGAUAAAACCGUUGGGUUUGAUGUAUGAGAGAAAACAUUUACAUGAUGAAGAUGAAUGGAUGCAUGUUAAUGAACAUACAUAUUAUAAAUAUUUUCAGGCCUGGUCUGAGGAGUCUUUGGAUGAACUGUUCAGAUCAGCAGUAGAUCAAGCAGUCAAGAGCAGUAAUGGUCAUCUGGAUUUGUUCCUGCGGUUCCUGCUGGGCAUCACACUGGAGUCCAAUCAGAUACUUCUCCAGGAUCUACUGACAAAUUCAGAAAAGAGCUCAGCGAGCAUCCGGAGAAGCACACAGUACAUUAAAGACAAGAUUAGAGAUGGACAUGGACUUUCUUCUGAAAGAUCCAUCAAUCUGUUCCUCUGUCUGCUGGAAGUGAAAGACCAGACUCUGUCCAGAGAGAUUCAGGAGUUUGUGAAAUCAGGCAAAGACUCAGAGAAGGAACUCUCUCCUGCUCACUGCUCAACAAUCUCCUACAUGAUUGAGAUGUCAGAGGAGCCGCUGGAUGAGUUUGAGCUGCAGAAAUUCAACACAUCAGAUGAGGGAAGACUGAGACUGAUACCAGCUGUGAGAAACUGCAGAAGAGCUCUGCUACAGUGCUGUAAUCUCACUGCUAAGUCUAGUGGGAAUUUGUCUUUGGCUUUACAAUGCUCAAAAUGUGUCCUGAUAGAGCUGGACCUAAGUAACAAUGACCUGCAGGAUUCAGGAGUGAAGCUUCUCUCUGAUGCACUGAAGAUGCCAAAAUGCCCAAUGGAGAUACUGAAACUGUGCAUGUGUAAUCUCACAGCUCAGUGUUGUGAGAGUUUGUCUUUGGCUCUACAAUCCUUAAACUGUGUUCUGAGAGAGCUGGACCUGAGUAACAAUGACCUGCAGGAUUCAGGAGUGAAGCUUCUCUCUGAUGGACUAAAGAGUUCAAGUUGUCAGAUUGAGAUACUGAGACUGGUCACGUGUAAACUCACUGGUCAGUGCUGUGAGAGUUUGUCUUUGGCUCUACAAUCCUCAAACUGUGUCCUGAGAGAGCUGGACCUGAGUAACAAUGACCUGCAGGAUUCAGGAGUGAAGCUUCUCUCUGAUGGACUGAAGAGUCCAAACUGUCCACUAGAGAUAUUGAGAUUGUCUGGCUGUAUGGUGACAGAGGAAGGCUGUGGUUUUCUGUCUUCAGCUCUGACUUCAAACCCCUCACACCUGAGAGAGCUGGAUCUGAGCUACAAUCAUCCAGGAGAUUCAGGAGUCAAGCUGCUCUCUGAACAACUGGAGGAUCCAAACUACACACUGGACAAACUCAAUGUGGAUUAUGGAGGAGCAAAGAGGAUUACAACAGGACCUUGCAAAUGGGCCUGUUUUUUCACACUGGAUCCAAACACAGCACACACUGAACUCAUUCUGUCUGAGGAGAACAGAGAGGUGACUGUUGGGAUAAAGAAACAGUCGUAUCCUGAUCAUCCAGACAGAUUUGAUUAUUAUGCUCAGGUGUUGUGCAGAGAAAGUGUGUGUGGACGCUGUUACUGGGAGAUUGACUGGAGUGGAGAUUAUGGUGUGUAUAUAGCCGUGUCAUAUAAGAGCAUCAAGAGAAGGGGAGCAGGAAAAGAGUGUUGGUUUGGUUAUAAUGAUCAGUCCUGGAGUUUGAGCUGCUCUCCCUCCAAUUUCUCAUUUAGACACAAUAGCAGAGACAAAUGGACUCGCCUCCCAGUGAAGCCACUCAGCAGUAGAAUAGGAGUGUUUGUGGACCACAAUGCAGGAACUCUGAACUUUUACAACAUCAUCUAUAGAGACACAAUGAGCCUCAUCCACUCAGUCCAGACCACAUUCACUCAGACUCUCUAUCCUGGGUUUUGGGUUAAUUGUGGAUCAUCAUUAAAACUCUGCUGAGUCUGCUCUGCAGGAUACGUCAGUAGCAGUGAGCUGUUCUGGAGUAUUUUCUCCUCAUCACAUGUCCUAAUCCUUCAGCUAAACUUCUGUCUCUGAGAGAAUAAAUGUGUGUCUAGUCUAGUCUAGUCUGUGUGUGUGUUUCCAGAGGAAGAAAAACAUUGCUCGGCAGUUGCUCUUCCUAAUCUCAGGAGUUGUGUUUUUUAAUUUUCUUUCAUUUUAGAAUGACAGUAUCAGUAUGACAACAGUAUCUCAGAUGUUUCUCCUAAAAUUUCU